UGUCUCCUGCCCAGCGGCCCUUGCUCAGAGCUCUAGAAAACUGCGAUAGUGCCUUCAGCAUAAACAAAUCCAGAACUCUCCAGGACAAAUCAUUCUCCAGCUGAAGGAGAGGCCUGGGGUUUAGGCUUUCACUCGGAGCUAGACGUGGAAGCUUUCUGGGGGAACAAGACAGGCCAGGCACCAGUGGAUGUCACCAGAGCAAAGCAAGGAUGGAUGAGGAGUCACCAGACGAAUUGCUCUUCAAAGACCACAGCUUCUCCUCCGACCUGUUGAGGCAGCUCAAUGGCUUGAGACAGAACAGGAUCCUGACUGACGUGUGCAUCUGUGCAGGCAGCUGGGAGGUUCCCUGUCACCGCAACGUGCUGGCCUCCAGUAGCCCCUACUUCCGGGCCAUGUUCUGCAGCAACUUCCGGGAGAGCAGUGAGGCCAAAGUGUGGCUGAAAGGCAUUGCCUGGGUGGCUCUGGAGCAGGUGGUCGCCUACGUGUACACCGGGGAGGCGCGCAUCAUCGCCGGAAACGUCCUCCCCCUGAUGGAGGCAGCCUCCAUGCUGCAGUACCCCAGGCUUUUUGAGGCCUGUUCCUCAUACCUGCAGAGCCAAAUGGCCCCCAGCAACUGCCUGGGCAUGAUCAGACUCUCGGAAGUUCUAAGCUGUGAGACCCUCAAAAAGAAAGCUUGGGAGGUGGCCCUGACGUGCUUCCCUGAGGUGGCUGCAUCAGCUGACCUGAAGGAACUGUGUGCUUUGGAGUUGAGAGACUACCUGGGAGACGACAGGCUCUGUGGGGAGGAGGAGAAGGUGUUUGAGGCCCUCAUGGUUUGGGUCAGGCAUGACCUCCAGGCCAGGAAGUGCUAUCUGCAGGAACUGCUGCAGCAGGUCAGGCUUCAGUACGUGCACCCGGCCUUCUUCCACCACUUCAUGGCUGGCGACGCCCUCCUUCAGUCCUCGCCUGCAUGCCAGGCCUUCCUGGAGGCAGCCAGGAGGCAGGUAUUUUCUGUGUGUGGUGCUAGCACCCCAGACUGCAGGCCCUUGUGGCGCAUCCCUCCAAGAAGCUCUUACCAGGACUUCCUCAUCCUUGUGGGUGGCAGGAAGGACAAUCAGCAGACCACCAGGGACGUCCUGCUCUACAGUGCCCAGACCGGCCAAUGGCAGAGCCUGGCCCAGCUCCCCACCCGGCUGUACAAGGCCUCAGCAGUGACCUUGCACCGGAGCAUCUAUGUGCUGGGUGGCAUGGCUGUUAGCGCAGACCAGAGUCUGGUCAGCCACAAUGUCUACAUCUUCUCCUGGAAGCUCAACCGGUGGAGGCUGGGAGAGCCCAUGCUGGCAGCCCGAUACUCUCACAGAAGCACGGCCCACAAGAACUUUAUCUUCUCCAUCGGGGGCCUAGGGGGUGGACAGGAGCUCCUGGGCUCCAUGGAGAGAUACGACAGCGUCUGCAACAUCUGGGAGAGCAUGGCCAGCAUGCCUGUAGCAGUGCUCCACCCUGCUGUCGCCGUGAAGGACCAGAGGCUCUACCUUUUUGGGGGAGAGGACAUCAUGCAGAACCCUGUGCGCCUCAUCCAGGUCUACCACAUCGCCAGGAACACAUGGUUCAAGAUGGAGACGAGGGUGGUGAAGAACGUCUGUGGCCCCGCGGUCCUGCUCAGGGAGCGGAUUGUCAUUGUGGGAGGUUACACACGGAGGAUCCUCGCUUAUGACCCUCAGUCCAACAAAUUUGUCAAAUGCGCAGAUAUGAAAGACCGGAGGAUGCACCACGGGGCCACCGUGAUAGGUGACAAGCUGUACGUGACAGGCGGGCGGCGGCUGACCCCAGACUGCAGUAUCGAGGACUCAGCCUCCUUUGACUGCUAUGACCCCGAGACAGACACCUGGACCUCGCACGGCCAGCUGCCUCACACACUUUUUGACCACGCCUGCCUAACUCUGCAGUGCAUGCCUUACAUGUGCACCCACCCAUGAGGUCCACGGACUUGUCCUGGCCAAAGGGCUGUCCUUUGUGAGGGACAGAAACUUGGCUCCAAAGAGCCGACCCACAGAAGGGUGCAGGGAGCACUCGCAGGUCUGAAGGGCCAGAGUCUGGGCGCCUGGAGCCGGGUGUUCUGCGGUCAGGGCUCUUCCCACUACCUCUUCCUUUCCUCUCUACCUCAUCUCUGUCGGGCCUUUUUCUGCCACUGAGCUUCUUUCUCUGUAGAAAAUAAGAGCAAUGAUACCCAUAAACCUGACUCAGAAUCUCUAGCUCUGCUCUAUUAUUACGUGCAGAUUAAUUUUAAGAACACUUUCUGUCUUCCACGUCUACCUCCCGAGCCAGUCGCUAUUGCCUGGGAUUCGGCUACCUUUCCUGGCUAGUCCUGGACCAUGUCCAGGUUUGAUUACCAGCCCACACAAACUUAUCCUGGGAGAAUGAAACUGUUCCCCAAAGGAAAACAAAAAGCACCUCUGCCCAGAACAUCACUGAAAUCUGGAGCAAAAACGUUGAGAGGCCUAAGAGGACCUCCAGACGUGGCUGGUCCAGGUGGCAGUGUGAGAAUUUUGCCGUGUCCGUGUUUCCCUGCCCUCUAUGGAUGGAAACACUGAAAUUCCAAAGAAGUACAUGAAGUUUGGUAUCCAGUGUUUGAAAAAUUAUCUUGUACUGCAAGACACAAAAACAGAAUAAAGUUGCUUCUGGUGCCAAAUGA